UGAAUCCACCUUGUGUUCAUAAACAAACAAUUCCUCCCUUUUUUCCUCUCUAUUCCACACACACCACUUUGUGUUUUCAAAAACCUAUCAACUUUUUUUUUUAUCAUCUUCCUUAUUUGAACAUGAAUACAAAUACAUUUGUUGUUUGAGGAUUAUAUACGUGAAAUAUCUGAAUAGACACUUGUACUUGCACCGAAUUUUAAAGCUAGACCUAGCUCGUUUUUUUGAGUUUUUGAAAAAAAAAAUUGGCAAUCAUGAAUAUGGCAUCAUCAAAUUCAGAAUUAAGCCUUGAAUGCAAACCCCAUCAAAGUUAUUCUAUGCUUUUGAAAUCAUUUGGUGAGAAAAAUAUUGAUCAAACACAAAAUCUUGAAGAAUUCUUAACUCGACUUGAAGAAGAAAGGGUCAAGAUUGAUGCAUUCAAACGUGAACUUCCCCUUUGCAUGCAACUUUUAACCAAUGCUAUGGAGGCUUCAAGGCAACAACUUCACUCCCAUAGAGAAAGUAAUCAUAUUGGACACAUGAGACCAGUUCUUGAAGAAUUCAUUCCACUUAAGAAUAACAAUGCAAGUGUUGAAUUAGGAGCUGAAAAAAUAGUAGCAAAUAAUACAUCUACUAUUGUUGAUAAUAAGGCAAAUUGGAUGACUUCUGCCCAAUUAUGGAGUCCACCAAGUGAUCAUCAAGAAACAAAGCAACAAGUACAAAUAUCAACUACUUGUAACAAAGAAAAUGAUCAUCAUAAUAUGGCCUUUUCUGUUGCCCCAAAAUUAUCAUUGGACAACAACAAUUCUUCAUGUCCAAGUCCAACAACACUAGCACUUGCUUCAUCUAAUAAACAAAAUAAUAAUGAGACAUUAUUACAAGUGGAAGAUAACAAUAAUAAUAAUAAUAAUAACAAGAAUUUGGAAAUUCAACAAGACUCUCAAGGCAAUGGAGGUGGUACCAACAACACAAUUACAAGUACUCAACAACAACAACCACAUAGAAAGGCAAGAAGAUGUUGGUCACCUGAUUUGCAUAGGCGUUUCGUUAAUGCUCUUCAAAUGUUAGGUGGUUCUCAAGUGGCCACUCCAAAACAAAUCAGAGAGUUGAUGAAAGUUGAUGGAUUGACCAAUGAUGAAGUUAAAAGCCAUUUGCAGAAGUAUAGACUUCACACUCGAAGACCAAGUCCAAGUCCACAAGCAACAACAGCACCACCUCACCUAGUGGUUUUAGGUGGCAUAUGGGUCCCACCAGAGUACGCGGCCGCAGCUGCACACGGUGGUGCACCACCAACAGCCACAUUUUAUGGACCACAUUCAACUAGCCAUGCACCAUCACCUCACUAUAUUGCGGCCCCACAAGCAAUAGCUCACGAGUUCUAUAAUACGCCACAACCAUUACAAUCACUCCACCACCUCCAGCACCACCAACAAUUAUACCAUCCUGGUAGUCACGUGUACAAGCCACAAUCAAAAUCACAUUCUCACUCGCCCGAAUCUGACGCCCGAGGAACGGGUCAACACGGUGAUCGGUCAUCGGAGAGUAUCGAAGACGGAAAAUCGGAGAGUUAUAGUAGUGAAAAUGGUGGAGAGAGGAAGGUUGUGGUACACAAAUUCUAGCAAUUUUUAUGUGAUUUUAACUUAGUUUAAUUUAGUGAUAAUUUAUUAAGAUUAGGUUAGAUAAAUAAUUAGAAGGUUCUUGUUGUUGAAGGGGAAAAAUAUUGCUUCCUUUUUUUUGUAGUACUACUACUCAAAGGAAGGGUAAAAAGGGAAUAAUGAAAAAGGUAGUGUUUGUUUUGUUUGAGAUUCUCAUUGCAUGCUUUAAUAUCCUAAUUGGAUAAAGUUUGAAAAAUCAGAUUUAUUUGGUUUUCUUGGA